GGCUGAAGCGGCGAUCGCUCGCUUUUGAACACAUCCUACGGUUAGCAUGUGUACUUUGACCCUCCUCUCUUCCACUACUUGCGCUAAGGAGGGAUCGGAAGUAUGCUGUAAAGAAAAAAGGGGAAAUCUUGACAUCAAGGAAGGACCGAAAGGAGGAGGCAGUGAGAUCUGAUGUUAUGGCACCUGGAAGGGAACAUUACAGAUGGACUGUUUGUGCAGUGAUUGUGCUUUUGAUAGCAUUAUCUGCAGCUCAUAUGACAGAUCGACCUGCAUCUUCUCACCCUCACCGCAAGACUUCUGUGCUGAAGAUGGAUGAGGCGUCCCUUUCGGUUAUCAAUGAGAUUGAGGAUGACAUGAUGUUAUAUGUGUCUUCAGAUCACUGUUUUCAGUGUUUGCCCCAGCUGUUGGGAAUAAUACCUUCAAGGCCAGCUUCUGGGACCCCCACUCUGGUGGGCUUUGUCGUAGACACACAGCACGCACUGACACUGCAGCUCAACAGUAGCUCUGCACACUUGGAGCAAUGCAAAGUUCACUUCCACUUUGGGGAGCAGGGGAACUAUUCUCUGUGGGUCAAGAACCUGAAUGAGCCGUCACGGGUCAGCUGCUCCAUGAUCACCAAUUCUGAGCCCAUUAACAGCUACUUGCCUAUUUUGUUUGCUUCUCUGGUCUUUGCUUUUCUGGUGGCAUUAUCUGCUAUCUGGACCACAGUUAAAAGGCUGGAUGUGGUGACAAAACUGCUUCUUUGCUUGGGGAGCACAGUGGAGACAGAGAGGCUGAUAAACUCUGAGCUUGGCACUCCAAACAGAUUGUUAGAUGCCUCUAUGGAAUCGAUCAUUCCUGCCACUACAGGACGGAGGCUUCGUUCUUUGGAUACCUUCCGUGGCCUUUCGCUGGUCGUUAUGGUGUUUGUUAACUAUGGAGGUGGACGUUACUGGUUCUUUAGGCAUGAAAGUUGGAAUGGGCUCACUGUGGCCGAUCUCGUGUUUCCUUGGUUUGUGUUCAUUAUGGGUACGUCUGUUGGUUUGUCCCUGAGCGGUUCAUUGCGCAGAGGUGUCAAACGCACUCAUCUGCUGUGGAGGAUCUGCUGGAGGAGCUUACAACUCUUCUUUAUCGGAGUCAUCAUCAUCAAUCCUAACUACUGCAAUGGACCCUUGUCUUGGGAUUCUGUUCGUAUUCCUGGCGUAUUACAGCGUCUGGGCUUCACGUAUCUCGUUGUUGCUGUCUUGGAUCUUGUGGUGGCCCGAGACCGACUUAACAACAUCCUGUCAAAUGAAACAUGGUACUCGGUGCAUGAUGUCUGCCUCUACUGGCCUGCAUGGGUGUUUGUGAUUGCCUUAGAGGCGAUAUGGUUGUGUUUGACCUUCCUCCUCCCAGUCCCAGGCUGCCCAACUGGUUAUUUGGGUCCAGGGGGCAUUGGUGAUUUUGGCCAGUACCAAAACUGCACCGGUGGAGCUGCAGGUUACAUUGAUCGGUGGUUGCUGAGACAUAACCAUAUUUACCAGACGCCCUCAUCACGGGUUGUAUACCAGACUAUGAUGCCCUUUGACCCUGAGGGUGUUUUAGGAACCAUCAACUCCAUAUUGAUGGCAUUUUUGGGACUUCAGGCAGGGAAAAUUCUGCUGCAUUACAGAGACCAACACAGGCAAAUUAUCACACGAUUUCUCAUUUGGGGAUUCAUACUCGGAAUCAUCUCUUCUGUAUUGACCAAGUGCUCCAGAAAUAAUGGCUUCAUCCCUGUCAACAAAAACUUGUGGUCUUUGUCCUAUGUGACGACUCUGAGCUGUUUUGCUUUUGUGGCUCUGGUGUUUUUUUACUACUCGGUGGAUGUAAAGAAGUGGUGGUCUGGAGCUCCCUUCUUUUACCCUGGUAUGAAUUCCAUUUUGGUGUAUGUGGGUCAUGAAGUGUUUAAGGAAUACUUCCCUUUUCGUUGGAAAAUGGCCAAUAGCCAAUCGCAUGCAGAGCACCUGGCACAGAACCUUGUGGCCACCUCCAUAUGGGUGAUCGUAGCCUAUCUGCUCUACAGAAAGAAGAUCUUCUGGAAGAUUUAAAAUUGUAACACUGCCCUGCAGAUGUAAGAGCUGCUCUUCAUUGUGAAAGAGAUUAUUUGGAUAUUUUUAGUUGUGGAAAAACAGCAGAUCUCUGAGCAUCUGUGCAGAGACUAAAACUCACACAUAAUCCAGGAAUAGAACUUGGCUAUUAUUAUUGAGAAGAGCAGAAGGAAGAAGAGAAAAGAAGAGCAUGUGGCUGUGCCAAGAUACCUCUGUGGACUCAACAAAGCCCCCAGAAUUGAUGCCUAGAUGCCAAGGCAAGAUUCUGCUGAAUUUUAAUUCAAUCAGCUGGUUUGAUUUAAUGAAUGUUUUGAUGCACAAUGAUGAAUUAUUAUUGAUUAUAGAAUUUCUUGCAUUAUGAUAUGGAAUAAUUCUGAAAGCCUUUGGACUAAUUUACUGCAUGCUUAGUUAAAGGGGUCAUAGGAUGCCUAUUUUCCACAAGUUGAUAUGACUAUUUAGGGUCAUAAUGAAAAUUCUGUAACAGUUUAGUUAAUUUCUCAUUGGUUGUGUAAAAAACACCUUUUUACCCUGUCAAAAACAGUUUUUCAAAGCACGCAGUUUUGUAGCAUUUUCCUUUAAAUGUUAAUGAGCUCUGCUAACCCUGCCCCUCUCUUCCGAGCUGCUCUCUGAGGGACUGCUUACUUUAGCCGAAUUCAUCAUGAACUUGCAAAUUAGCACAUUCUUAGGAAAGGCGAUUUGCAAAGAUUCAUAAAAAAAAAAAAAACGUAUACUCACUUCUUCUGUAUGUGAAGCUAACCUUGAACAACCCGCACGAACAUAGACACAUUUAUGUAGAUCUGGGGCGCAUUCCCUUUAAAAACAAACAUAAUCCACUGCGUCUUCAGUGGCUCAGAUGUCGGGAGUAAAUGACGACUGCCAUGUUCAUUAUUACAUCCAACAACAGAACACCUUAAUCGCUUAGAGACAUUCUUGUCUACAUCUGCUCUGGCGGCAAAACAAUGGCGGACUGAUGACAGUCACUCGGGGCGGGUCUAAGGUAAGAUGUCUGUACUGUCAAUCAAACUAUCAUUGGCAGGGCCUGUUUUUGUGACAUCAGACAGGCAUCUGAGAUAGGCACUAUUUAAAAAAAAUGGGUAAAGAUUUUAGCAGAUUAAUCAAAAACCACUUGGUGGAUUUUUAUCAUUUAUCAUUUCAAUGCCAACACACAUUUCAGUUCAAACAACUUUGAAAAGUGCAUAUAGCAUCAUAUGACCCCUUUAAGGUUAUGAUAAAUGCAAUAAUGAAAGUGAAAGCAAAUAGGGAGGGGGAGAGAACCCCCUCAAGGUCAACAAAUAUGGGCUGAUCCAUCCACUUUUGAGGUAAAAUACUGUCACACAAUUUUAUAUUUAGCUUUAAUGUCAUGAAUUCUCUGGACAGUGUUGUUUUACUUCUUUUUUCCGGUGGUCUUCCUGUUUUCCAGUGUUUUAUUAUUAUUAUUAUUUUUUUUUUUAAGUGUGUCCUGCCUUGUUAAAAAACUCAGGAGAUUUGCACUUUGUGUGCCAAAUGUAAUGUACUUUAUGGUUUCUCUGAUUAAACUGUCCCUGGUUAUUAGUUUACAAAUAAAUUGUUACCUCUACGACAUGAAUCAAAUUUUAUAUAUACAUAUACACAUAAAGACUAAAACAUAAACACUAUAUGUUUCCAAUACAAAUUGCAGCUUAAAAAAUAAAAAUAAAAUCAAAAAAACCAACAGAAGGGAAAAUAUUUAUCCAUCAUAUGUUGCCAACUUGCAAAGUCAUUUCCAUUUUUUUACUGGUUAAUGGAUAUUUUACACAUGUAUAAACUACAUGUUAUCAUGUAUCGUUUUGUUUUAUACUUAUCAACAUGGGAUGUGGUAAAAAUAAAACCUUUUUUUUUUACCAUUGAA